CACACUGUGUAGUACACAGUGGAGUGUGUGCGCACCAUCAUCAUCCUCCCCGUUCUAGUCCUCCGCUCUCGCUCUCGCUCUCACACACACACACACACAUCCAUCCUGUCCAUCAUCUACAGCCUGUAUCAGCCGACUGUCUGUCUGUUUUGUCGUUCUCCUCCUGCUGCUCCUGCUGUUGCUCCUGCUGCUCCUGCUGCUGCUCCUGCUGCUGAUGAGAGAAACAAGACACUUGUGCUGCAUUGGCAUCAUCACCACAGCGCAGAGCCUUUCUGGUGACUGCGCGUCCCUCUCCUCCCUCUCCUCCCUCUCCUCCUCCGCUUGUCAUUCUGCUGUUUUCUGCUGGUGACAGCCAUCAUGGCGAAAACAGUGUCACCAUCCAGUGCACUUGCAGGUGAAAAAAUGGCACCACCAUCCAUCACUCUACUUCCUGAAAAGAAUUCUCCGACAAACGGUCACUGCUCUCCGGCCCGAACUGGAAAAACCACUCCGUCCAACACAGAGAAAAAGCCCCACAUCAACGGACACGCAUCUCCGUCACACUUGGCAGCAAACCAUGCAGGUAAACAAAUUGUGGAAGGCUACAUGAAGACUGAUGACAGGAUGCGAUUAGCCAAAGAGCGACGUGAGGAGAGGGAGAGAAGCCUGGCGGCCAGAGACCAGCUGAUCAGGGAGAAGGAGCGCCGAGCUCGGCUGCAGUACGAGCGCACAGUGGAGGAGCGCUGGAGGCGCCUGGAGGAGCAGAGGCAGAAAGAGGAGCUACGCAGAGCUGCAGUGGAGGAGAAGAGGAGGCAGCAGCUGGAGGAGGAGAGGGAGCGAUUGGAGGCCUUGAUGAAACGCUCCCUUGAGCGGAAUCUUCUGCUCGAGCAGAGGAGCAAACGCUGGAACAAGGGCUGCCCGACUGGUGCAGGUGACAGUGAGAAUGCCCCACUCCCUUUCUCUGCUGCCUCCGCCUUUUCCCAUGGCAUUGCCUCCCCCCUUCCUGCUGGCAGCGAAUCUGCGCCCUGCAGUCCUCACAGAUCCCCUUUCUGCAGCUCGCUGAACCCUGUAGAUCACAGCAGAGCUGGACUUCAGGGAGGCUCUCAGUCCACUCCCAAUACACCCAAGAAAGAGCGGCUGCGCAGAGAGAGAAGAACCGCAUCACCAGGUUACGCAUCACCUGUGAGACGAUCGGAAUCCCCUGCAAGUGUCACCAAACACUUGGCUUCACCCUCUACCUCCAAGCUGACAUCGAAGAUGCGUGGCCAGUCUGCGACUAACAACUGCUCCCCGACAAGACACCGUCCAAACACGUCAACGGGUGACAAGAACGCAGAAAAACACGGUGAACAGUUGACAGCUGAGCCCGCACUGAAGAACAAUACCAACAUGAACAGCACCAAUCCACCGUCACAGUCACUCAGUGGUGAAAUGGCUAAAAUAAGCUCAUCCAAGGAUGAAGCUCCUGACAAACAUCAGUCCCCGGACAGAAAGGACCAUGUGUCCCUCAAAGUGGAUUCUUCUGAGAAGAAGGACGGAGACAAGAAACGAGACUCAGCACCGUGUGCAGGGAAAAUGGCAGCUGGCACAACAAGUGCAGAGGAGGCCACCAGGUUGCUGGCAGAGCGCAGACGUCAGGCUCGAGCGCAGAAAGAACUGGAAGACCAAAAGCGCCAACAAGAGGAAGAAGAAAGACUAAAGAAAGAGCAGCGACAGAAGCAACUUGCACAUGAUCAGCUACAGCAAGAAGUGAAAAAUCAACAAGUGAAGGAAAAGGUGGAGCAUGAGGAGGAUCUCUGCAGGCCAAAGGAACAUGAAGACAAACACAAGAAGGAAGAGGAGGAGAAUGAGAGACAUAUGCAAAUGAACCAAGAGAGAGAAAAAGCCAAAGUCCAGGCUCAGGAGGACGCCGAGCGUCAACGGCAAGACAGAGAACUGCAGGCGCAACAAGAAGAGGAAAAGCGGCAACUAAGAAAAAAGAGAAUUGAGGAGAUCAUGAAGAGAACUAGGAAGGGUGAAGCUGACAUGAAGAAGGAGGACGAGGUGGAGACUAAGUCAGUCUCGCCACCAGAGGGUGUGAAGGCUGAGCAAAAUAACGCUCAGGCGAAUGAGCAAACCGCCAAAAAAGUUGCGUUUCAGGUUAAAGAGGCAGUCGCCAAAGUCCAGGUCAACAUAGAGAAGGAAACUAUUGUAGCAACAGCACAGACUGACAAUCAGAAGAGCGAGCAAGUCAAAAACAGCACUCAUCAAGUGAUGGCAGCACCCGGUGUUCCCGACAAGAGGCCGGGCACCAAAGCAUCCACUGAAGAGUUGGCCAGUCAGCACAGCCAAGAAAGCAACACCCGUGCUGUCAAACACCAGGGAAGAGAAGUGGAAAUCAAUUUAAACAAGCAGCAUGCAGAACACGUUAAAGCCACAAACCAAAUAAAUGAAGAGCCAACUUGGCUGAGAGCAGAUGCCAGAGACUACCCGACGCAGGGUGGUACGAUGAACGGAGCGGCGAAAGGUAAACGAAGUGGUCGUCCAACUGCUGAGGGAAGCAAACGUCAAAGCCUGCACGUGUCACUGGUGGAGAGAAACGAUAAAGGAGGCUCCAGAGUGGAGGUUGUUAGACACUCAAUGACACCGCUGCCAGUGGGACACCUGUCAGCACCAAUAAUACGGCAACAGCCACUGGAUGUGAAGGGGACAUGUGACGAGGUGCAGGCCAUGGAGAUCAGCCCAGCGUCAAAGGAAGAAUUGAUUUCAAUCCAAGAGUUCUCACCGGUGAAUGAACUCCAGCACGGUGGCCUCAGUAACACGCGUGCUCUCGAAGAUCUGAUGGACCUGACAGGCAGUGUCUCACACCUGAAACCGUCUUCUGAAGGCAACAUAGGCGACUGCAACGAAAACCUCAUUGAGGGUGUGGUUAGUCCCAUGUCAGACUCAAAGCACAUUGGAAUAUCACCUUCAUCCUCAAAUAAACUUAGCAUCCAGUAGUCCACUUAAUCUCACUCUCACACCUCCCGUCGCUUAUCCUCUCAUCAGGUGUCACAUUUUUGAGCAUGUGCCCCUGUGUUGACACACAUUUAUGGAAAUAGAGCCAUAGAUUUGACUAAUAAAAAGCUAUAAAACUACAAUUUAGAAUAAAAAUAUAACAGCAGUAUUGUAAUCUCAUAAAUAACCAUUGAAAUUGAAUGUUGAGUUUGCAGGAUGAACACAUGUGGAGUGAAGUGAGGGAAGAAGCAAGGGUUUGUCUGAAUAUAUCAAAUAAUCCUAAAAGUGCACAUAUCAGUGUUUGGAUUACAAACAUUUAGAGGAUUAGUGUUUAGAGUAUGAAUCUUCAUAUCUCAAUCUCCAUGCACAGAUGUUUGCUCAGAGCAUCAAUGACUUGCAUUUGUAGCGCUGCCUUUUCACACGUGCUCUUAAGUCUUUAAUGUAUUUCACUGUGACGAAGCGGAGGAGGCGUGACCUGAUCUGAUUUACAUGACAGUCUUGUCUUUCCAUGUAAUGUUACUCAAGCAUGUGCUGAGGACUCAGCUGAAAUUGAAUGGCUCUAAAUCAAAAGUCUGUAUUCGAGUGUGAGAGACAAGUCAUCAUUAAUGUGACUGCAUAUUAAAAUAAAUCAUGAAAUUAGAA